AGGCCUUCAGGGUGAGGAUGAGAUUAUCCUCACUGCUUUAUACAAUCUUAUUUAUAAAGCUAGUGAGGUCUGAAAAGAAGGUUACCUUUGACAUUUUAAAACCAGACUCAAAUAAAACGAAAGUUAAUGUUAGUAAAUACUCUGGACUAGAGAGCAAGAGGUACACCCCAAAGGAUGGAUUUCGUAUAAACAAGGUCAAGUAUGGAGAUAAACAGUUAUGGAAGUCCCGAUGGAUCCCCAAGGAUGGUUGUAAGAGCAUAGAAGUCUAUUCCAAUGAAGAGACAAAACUCUUGGCUUUAUAUGUCGUAAAAGACGGAAAUACGAAGAUCAACUGUUUUGAGGAUGUGGGUGGAAUGUGGAACAGCCUACCUUUUACGACAUUUAACAAUAAGUUUAAUGAGGCAAAGAAGAAAGGCUCUGAAGCUACUUCUGCCGCUUCUACUGAAGAUAAUGCUCAAACUGCUGAUCAUACUUCUCCUGAACCUAAGAAAUCAUCUACAGAAACAGCCAAAGAAUCUUCACAGAAAGUAGGUACUCAUUCAGCUGAGCAGGUUAAUACUACUAUUUCUCUAGAUCUUUUUAAACCUAACGCAUCUGAAAUCACAAAAAUUGAGUCUGCUCAUCGUGGAACAAUAACAAAGACAUAUACUCCAAAGGAAGGUCAUCAUAUAUCCUCAGUUGUUUACAAUAAAAGUACUCUUUGGAAACCAGCUGAAGGAGCUAAUGAGAAGUGCGAACUUGCAAAGUCUUACUCAUCUAGUGGAGAAAUCCUCUAUUUAGAUAUCAAAGAUAACAAUGGAAACGCUAAGCCAAAGUACUAUAAGAAAAAUGGAGCAGUAUGGAGUGGCAUUCCUGAACAUCCCCGUAAAGAUAACAGGACAAACUCUGAAAAUGGUUCCACCGGUAAAUCUGAAAUUUUAGAGGAAGAUGAAGAACCUCCGGCUCCAUCUAGACCUCUUACAAAUUGCGCUUUAAAUCUUUCCAAACCUGACGAGGACGAAAUAGUUGUGAAUGAAAAUAAGAAUUAUGGAGGUGGAGUAACACAAAAGGACUUUUCUCCAAAGGAAGGUUUCAAGAUAGACUACAUUCUUAAUAAUGGGAUACCAGUUAUUAAGCUUUCAGAGGGAGAGGAAUUUAGAUCUAUACGUUUGUAUUCCAAGGGGAGUUCCUAUCUACUCAUGAUUACCAUAAAUAAGGGUCAAACUCCUGAGCACCAAUAUUAUGAGAAGAUAGCUGGAGACUGGUAUAAGCUCAAGGAUAAAAGUGAGUUUAAUAAGAAACUAACUAGUAUGAAAGGUUCUUGA